ACGGGACGAUUUAUUUUUCAAGAGACUGUUGGGUUGAGCGUUACUCACGGAAAGUCACAGCGUUAUAGUUUAUCCGCCAUGGUGCGUUUGGUUGCAACUCGGAAAUAGGAGUGCCAAAUUUUUUAAAUGAAUUUAGCGUUAACCAACUGCGGAAUUACAGGCUAGAGAAGUGUGGAGGUUAAAAAGUACAAUUUAAGUUUUAAGAUCGGACAGUUUCAUCAGCAUGAAGGGAAUUGCCGGAUAAGGGAUGGAUCAAAGGUGCGACAUGAACCUCUUUUGAUGCCUUGAUUUAAACCGUUGGAAAGUUGAGGCUUACUUUAUCACUGAACAUCUGCAGCAAGUUCCUGUCCAACAGUCCAAUGAUGACGCUGCGCUCUUUCGUCAUGUUGCUGACAUUUUGUAGCCCAGGCCCAGCUUGCGCUCUUAAAAUCAGCUCCGACAUGACGUCCUACCAUGCGGCCAAGGAAUCAAGCGUCACCCUUCACUGCGAGUACACAUAUUCCUCUGUGGACGAACACGACACUGAGGUGGAGUGGACCAAGUUGACCCCACACAGAAAUGACGACAGGACCGUUAUUUGGUUUACCGGAGGCCGGCUGUAUAACUACCUGUACCUACCGAUGAAGGGCCGGGUCCACUUCGCUUCUCCCGACCCCCGUAACGGAGAUGCCUCCAUGACCAUCAGCGACCUGCGUCUUUCAGAUGCAGGGACCUACCGGUGCAUGGUGAAAAAGCUACCUGGACUCGACAUUAAGAACGUCUUCCUGACAGUCAUAGAGAAGCCAAGCAAGCCAACAUCUGCGGUGGAAGUGGAGCCUGUGGCAGGAAAAGCGGUGGAAACAGCUCAUGGAACCAAAGCUACAGAAGCGACAGUAACGACCGCCACGCUUCAGUCCCUUCCUGCGUCAGCCAAGAGCGAUGGAGGUGAAGCUACAGAAGCGACCGUGACGACCGCCACGCUUCUGCCUCUUUCUGGGGCAAAAAAUGUGCCAGCCACAGGCAACGGCGAUAAAGCUUUGGAAGCAUGUGUGGCGACCGCGACCUUGAACGAUGGAUAUAUAAUUACCACAGUGGCCGUGACGACUGGCGCGUUUGUGUUCAUCGUCGCCUGUGUUCUCGCUGUCAUCUGGCACUGUCGCAGAAGAAAUCGUGCGGAGCGGCGUGUGAGGGAAAUGGUGAAAGUAGAGGCCCAUCCUUAUUUGUGGGUGUCCCCAGACACUAACGACAUGCUGCCUCUGUCUUCAGACAAAGUGCACGUUAUCGUCUUUAAUGCGGUGUCCAUUCUUUGAAGAUGACCAGGACAUUCGGCUGCAACAUCGUCCAUUUUUUUCUUUACCAGUGGUUCUCAAACUUUUUUCACUAAGUACCACCUUAGAAAGCAUUUGGCUCUCCAAGUACCACCAUAAUGACCAAUAUUAAAAUACAAUAGCGUAGUAGGUAUUCAAUAAAAACAAGGCACAGGUUUUAUAUAAAAAGUGUAUUUCAUAUUUUUGGCCACUAUGACAUUACACACAAUGCUCAAACAUUGAAACAAUGAUGUACAUAUUUACAGACUUACUUGGCAUACAGUACCACUAGAUGGAGACUGCGUACCACUCCAUCUUGGUACCACAAUGUGAGAAUCACUAUUCUAUACUGUUUGUGGUGCAACGUAACUUUAGGACAAUUUGUUGUUGAGCACAUCACCUCCAUCUUUGGUUCACAUUAUAUAUGAAAUAUUUUAGUAGUCUUUUCAGACUUCCUAGAUCUCCACUUGAGUGUACAGACUUUAUCAAAUGACCCCGACAGGGACAAGCAGUAGAAAAUGGAUGGAAUUGUCCCGUUACUUUAUUAUUUUUUUUACUUUUGGGGCCUUUCUGUACUGUUUGUUCCAGGCAUUUCAUUCAUCUUUCUGUGUGGUUUCAAGUUUACGAGGAGAUUUUAUUUAUACAUUUAUUUUGAUCAACACCUGA